AUGGCGCUAACAAAACCCCUGAUGCCCGUUUGGAUAUUCAUGCUCGAGGUUUUUGGGAGAGACAGAAAUCUGCAUUCUUCGACGUUCGGAUGUGUCACCCUAAUGCAGACUCUAAUGCAGUAUGCGGAAAGAGUAAUGGAGAUUGAACAGGGAACGUUCACCCCCCUAGUUUUCACGACCACAAGUGGAAUGGCAGAUGAGUGUGCUAAGUGCCACAGCAGACUUGCUGAGCUGAUCGCCAAUAAGAACGGAGAAAGUUGCUCAAGCGGAAUUUCCUUGAUAAGAGCUAAAGUAUCUUUCGCCAUCGUACGCUAUGCGAUACUAUGCUUGAGAGGCUUAAGAUCCAGAAGACGACAGCUAGACUUUGUUGACUUAGAUCUACAGAUCGAAAAUAUUAGAGCCUGCCCGAAUUAAACUUUUUGAAGAACCUUUUUAAAGAAUUUGGGAUUUAGGAAUACGAGAUUUUAUUCUUUUUAACUUGUUUUCUUUUUAAUAUCAGAGACGGAUAAUUCUUUUUUGUAACGACUUAAUUUAAAACUCUGGACUGCCAGCAAAAGUUAUUGACCGCAUCAAGCCGCAAGGAAUGUAUUUGGGAAAUCGUUAUUGACACAGUGAUUGUUAUUGUUUGCUUAAUUCUUACUUCAAAUAUUUCUGUAAAUUAUGUACAUAUUUUUAUAAGUGAAUAAAAUUAUUUAUUGUUAUUAUUAUUAUUAUUAUUAUUAUUAUUAUUAUUAUUUCGCAGUACAUAACUUUGGAAUGCUGUCCACAUUAUGAGUAGUAUAGGGCGCAUAACGUAACCUACACCACUUGAGAAGCUAUACUUAGAAGUAAAAAAAGGGUCGGUACGAAACCUAAUAUACAUAAUGAUCUAAAUCUCUCUACUUAAAAAGCCAAUUUAGAAUAUUAUGAAAUUUUUAUACUCUGUAAAACCUACGCAAAGACAUGAUGAUAUAAUUAUCUCUACUAGAGGCAAAUUAAUUAUUAUUAUUAUUAUUAUUAUUAUUAUUAUUAUGCAACUAAGCCGUUGGUUCCGUUUUUGUUUAUAGCCAUGAGUUAUGUCAAAGUGGUUAUUAAUGAAACUUGUCUAUUCUGGUCCUGUUGGCAUUUUUGUGGAAUUUUAGCUGGUGUAUGGCUAUUCAUCCUCCCAUUUUUUUCUGUGAUUCGCCCCUUUCUGAGUUCUUGAUUUUUUUUUCUUUCUGUUUACCGGUAGAGCAGUUUUUUUUCUGGACCUUGAAAACAUCACAUAUAUGAUGACGCCAUUUUGCUAAACUACCAGACUCCUUCAGGAUUUUGAAAAGAAGGCUGUUGUCGUUUUAAACCUUACUGAGGUUUCAAAUUUGGGUGUAAAAGGAAGAGGAAUUUGAUUCGGGAAGUAAUAUUGAUUUAGCUUUGCAACUGUAACUUGCCUGCGUGCUCCAAACGCGAGCUACAUACAAUAGAGACCUUAAGAUACCCCGAAAUCGGUGUACGGGUAACGGGUAGCGCCAUGUUUUUUUCAUUUUGUGGUGACGUCAUCGACCUUACCCGGUAGAACCAGCCGUUUUUCCGGGGUAGACACCAGUUUACCCGUAGAAGAUUUACGAGUAGCUGCAAGUCCUACAUGUUGGAGAAACGAGUAAGUUUUAAAGACUUUUUAAGUACAAAUGUAAAUUGUAUGACUCCUUGGCAAUGUUAUUGCAAUUCUGUUCAAAUAUUUUUGCCAAAUUUGAAUUUUUGCUGUAAAGAAAGCGCUUCAAAUGUAUUGAUUUUGUUCCUCAGAUGCGCAGGUUGAACUCUGAAACGAUAUCAAUUUGUGGCGGUAUUUGGGGGGAUUUCUGAGAAUUGCUCGGACAUUUGAGUUUCGCAAAAGAAAUGGCAUUGAAAAAUUUAGCAUGGAAGUCACUGUUGAAGUUGACAAUCAAAGGAAUUGUUUGGUGAUGUGCCUCGAUCAAAUGGCGGGGUUUGCGAUAACAAGCUUUCGGUCGAGGGACUUCCCGCCAAGUUUUUUAAAAUCUUUCUAUGAUAUUUCAAUAAGCUUAUGUAUGAAUGAAUUAUUUGUUGCAGCUUGUUGUUAAGAUAUGAAGUGUAGAAUUUGAGGGAGAUUUUGUAUGCAUUAAUCGACAUGCAUGUACAAAGUUAAUUUUGCGUUUCUUGUUCUUCGGGUAUCUUAAUCGAAAUAGUCACGCACAUGAACAUUUUACGUGUACGGGUACACUACCCGUACCCGUACCCGUACACCGAUAUCGGGGUAUCUUAAGGUCUCUAUUUUUGUUAACCAUGGCGGUGGUUGUGAUUGUUGCCGUGACAUAACGUGGCGACGCGAAGAGAAGAGAUCAUACACAGUACACUCAUCCAGCAGAUACAAAAUCCGUAGGCGUACUUGAUUGCGCCCAUGCAACAAGCACCCCCGCUCCCCCUGCCCUCCCGGUCAGACCGACAUUCCCAAAAUUUGCCUCAAUUUUUUUGUUGCGCGCAUUAAAAAGCCAGCACAACAAAGAGAUAUGUCCUUUGCGCUGCGUUAUGACCUUUCCGGUUGGUCUAAGAUUGUUUAUGUCUGUUGCAAUUGACCAACUUAAGAAUGUAAAGUUUGGAUUUACAAAGUUAAAUUUAAAACCGCUCUCCGAUUUGAGGAAAGCAGAGGGAUACUAAAAUUUUGGCUGUAUUUAUCUGUGCUUCUUGUCUUUGCUUUUUGUUGCAUGGUGGAAAGAAGUCGGUGAUGAAAAUAAAGGAGGCCAACAGAUGUGAGUAUUAUCAUUGUUCAUUCUUAUAGUUAUGUGAAAGCCCCGUAUGGUUAUAUGUAGAAGAGGGUUGAACUGAAAGGAGGAACCAAGGGGUUAGUUUGAAAAGAACAUUGUACUCCGACGUUGGGGUUGGGAAAGAAGUUUCGAGCGCUAGUUCCUAGUCAAAGCAAUAUGGAAGGGUUAGCGCCGAAAGCGUUACCUUAAAAUAUUUUACGGUGUUAAAUGUGCUUUAUUAUCUUAAACGUUUUACAGUGCGAGUACUAUAACCGUGGCCACCCAGACACAGUUGACCAAUUGGAUGACAGGAAAAUAACAAUACAUUCGUGAUUUCGAGAAAGUUAGUUGUCAAUCAUAAUUACCACGAAAUGAGAUCAACAACAUGGAUCAAAGUCAACCAAUUGCAACCCGCUGGAAAAAGCCUAUGUUUCCUGAGAAGUCCGUUAGAGUAUUGACGGAGGCAAAACUGUAAACGUUCAUCAUAUUUUUGUCUUGCGGUCGCAUGUUUAUUGUACCGUGGGACAAUGGUAGCGAAGAAAUUGCUGGUUAGUAACAAAAUAACAGCGUGUGUGGAACAAAUGUCUCCUGGGUGUUAUAUGUAAAGUUUCGAAUAGAGGAACAUAGUCUUGUGAAGCUUUUUGCUUUCGAGAAAAACGUUUGCUAUCAAUAUUUUUAUUUUUUGCCUUUGUUUUGUUUUGUUUUGUUUUUUGUUUUUUACGAGCUGCUCAUUGGCCCACAACCAGCUUUCUUGGAAUGUAUUUUUUUUCCUGUGAUGGGAGUGAUCAACUUUGUCUAGGUGGCCCCGGUUGCAGUAGUCACACUAUAAGACGACCUCGAAGUGCUUGGAUGUUAGAUGGAACACCCUUUGGAUACAAUAUACAGUACUUCGAGUCCACACUAAUAAUUUAUGUUCUAUUGUGUGGUUACACUCUUUGCAGGAAUCAAAUCCAGGGUGGUCAUGGCAACAAUGGAUAUAAUAACACUCAUUCAUCGUCUGCGAGCCCGGAGGUACGUGAUUGUUUUCCUCAUAGAAUAGUUUCUUUUGCUUUUAUUAAAAUUGAGUAAGUAUGACUGAAACGCUGUCAUUGUUUUGGAUAAUAUUUAGACUGCAAAACAGUCUGUAUUUUUGCGUAUUCAAGUACGCGCAAGCAGUCAAACAAAAGGUCUGGAACAAGGCUGAAAACAGAGAGCGAGACUGGGGAGAGACGCCCUAUGGGCGUGUGAGGCUCGCGCGCUUCGCGCGCGUAAGACUCUUACGCCACGCUUUACCGAUUUCUUUACUGAUUUUGAGAAAAAAACCGACUGUUUUGCAGUCUAGAUAAUAUUGUGCUCUGGAAUUUCCUACUGUCUCGCACCAAGUACAAUGUGGAAUUUCCAUGCUGCACGGAAACAGACCACUAAAGACGUUGGGUUUAGGCUUCGUAACUUUCUUCCAGAUCUUGUUGUUUUACUUGGGAGGUAGGGGGAAGGGGAGAGAGAGGAGUUUGGGCAUAUGGUCUCCUCACUUUCGUCACUUGUUCAUCUAUAGUGUAUCAACCACCUUGCAUUGAUAGCCUCGACCGCAAUAGGUUCUAUGAAUUAUUGAUCUCUAUAUGUUGGUUAUUUCUUUGGAAUGUAAUCUUCAUUAAUCCAGCCUCAACGAAAUCUUGUCAAGAAGGUUUACUUUGAAUAUCCCAAUAUUUCGUUUUGAAAUAUACCAUUUUCCAAUAUUUUUUCCAAACAUUAGUUAUCCCUACACUCCCUUUAAGGGCCUUGUAUAACUACAAUGCGCUGUUACACUCAAAUUUGACCACUUCUUUAAUUUCACAUGGAAUCGUCUUCUUCUGCCUCACAAAAAAUCCUUCGGUCUUUGGUAGCGUGAGGAACCAACAAGUUUUUGAGAUUUUCAGAGGACAAAAUUUUUCCCCCCGGGACCAGUCACUGAGAGUAAAUAUUAUUGUAUGUUUGCUACAGAAAACCGCAGAUAUCACCUAUGCUGUUGUUGAACAGGGAAACAGUAUGCCUAGGACUGCUCCUAAGAAGCCUCUUCGCACUUAUGAGACAGAGUAUGUUAUCACUAUGAUUUACAAGCCCUAUUUCUGUGGCGCAGUAGCGGACCCAGUGUAGGGCCUCCAGUUUCCACCUCUCCCCUUUAGUUUUGGAAUAAGUCCGAAGCCCCGAACACAUAUCGCUUGCUGUACUAGGGGCUACUGAUAUUGUACCCUCCAUUUUACUUUAAGGGCGGAAGAAUGAGAACCGUCUAAAACGGACACCAAGUUUUGGCUAGCUCUGAAAUAAUGCAAGGAGCAGGUGGACAAAGAAACGCGAAGUGAAGCUUCAUCUCGUUAUACAUCGUAGAUAAGGAUCAAUACUGAAUAAAACAUACAUCGAAAUUUAAGAGUUCGUCCCCUCCGUUCUUAAGCGUUGUCUUUGACUCUCUAUUGUGCAGACACCUUUUUAUGACGGAGACUGUCCUAUUAUAUAUCUCUAUUAUAUAUCAACAGUGCGUUCCCCUUAAAAAUCAUUUUUCUUUUUCUUUUUUUCCUGUAAUGAUCCUGUGUGUCGUUGAAAACUAAAUUCGCCCUAACAAAAUUCUUAGUUUUUCGCCUAGUAAAUAGAUGUAUAGUUAGAGUCGUAAUGCUUAGAAAGGAACGUGUACAUUAGGUCAUGUAAAACACACUCAAUUCACGAGGUGGCUCAUACUAAAAACACAUUCUUGAUUUUAUUUUCCUUCAGGAUACUCGUUGAGGGUAACGGAAGUGGAUAUGAAGUUGCCGGAUCAUCUUCCAGGCGCCCGGAGGAACCCCCUGGCAAAAAGCCAAAGAAACAGAAGAAAGGGCAAGAACCUGACAAACCUGUUGGCGUAGUGUACGCGCAGGUUGAUAAAUCAAAACAAAAGUCAAAGGCUUCACAGAACACUUACCAUCAAUCAGAGAGACCCAAAAGCAAGGUAAGGUAAAUUAUUGGAGCAUGCUCUCAUGGUACCCCUCUACUAAACAAAGAAACUUUUGAAACGAAAUUAAGUUUAUUUAAAGGGGGUACGACUUGACAGAACUGAGAAACUUAAGUGCCACUACCACUACCACUACCACUACCACUACUACACCACCACCACAACCACCACCAUGAAUUAGAUUGAAAUUUGAAUUGGUCACAACAAAAAAGGAAAAAAAAUUCUCUUGGAGCUAGAGCGGAAAAGAGAACCAACAACAGCUCUACUAAAAAUGGCAUCGACGCCGGUACUUAGAGACCAGGCCAAGUCAUUGUUGGGAAGCGAUUUCUCUCAUCACUGCGCCACCCCUGUUCCCUUCCGACACGCCUAAUUUGCGGACACUUGCGUGGGGCCCGUCCUCUAAAUACGGAUUUUUGUGGAGUUUUGUUAGUUUUAGAACGGGAUUUCACUCAAGUGGUCAGUAACUAUACAAAUGUAUGGAACAAAAGAAAGUGCUUGCACAAAAAAAAGGGUUCGACUUCCACAGGGUUGGGUUGGGACACCAACAUGGCCGCCGUUAUGUAGGUCGUUUUUACAUGACGUCACGGCGGCCAUAUUAGGGUACAAAACAAUUAAACGGCGGCCAUGGUGCUAUAUCGAAAAAUUGCUGUGGGCAUUGAUCUAUGUCCCCGUGUAAAUACUUUCUUUGUCUCGAGAAAUUGGCAUAAUCAUUGUUUUGGGACACAAAUCUGGCAGACGCGACGUUAUUUGGAAACGGUUUUACGUUUUCCACAGUCGCUAAUUUAGUAAGUGGCUCUUUGUUUAUCUUUCGGGGUCGAACUGGAAAUUAGAAAUGGUGAAGGGGAAAAGGGGGAAAUACCUCGCCUAACAAGGACAAGGAACAACAACAAACUCAGCACAUGUAUUUGGUCUUUACCUAGGCCACCUUAGUUAUUAUUUGAAUAAGAGCUCUGUCUGUAGAGUUGUCAAAAUGUUUGUCUUCUAUCUUCUCUACAGCAACCUGGGGAACUUACAUACGCCGAAUUAGACCAUGGCCAGGGGAGCAGCAUGCCCAGGAAUUCCGCCGCUCCAACCAAAAAACCUCAGCCACAUGUUGAGACUGAAUAUGCAAUGAUCGUGUAG